CUUCCGGCAUGCCUUGCGCCCGGCAGGGCCGGAAAGCGGAAGUGUGGGAACUUCCGGUCGGCGUGGGGUCUUUGCGGUGAGCGUGCUGUAGCGUUUCUCGGCCAGGUAAAACAUGGCUAAAAGUUUACGGAGUAAGUGGAAAAGAAAAAUGCGUGCUGAAAAGAGAAAAAAGAAUGCCCCAAAGGAGCUCAACAGACUUAAAAGUAUUCUCAAAGUAGACUGUGAUGUUCUAAUGAAAGAUGUUGAAGAGAUUGCAACUGUUGUGGUGCCCAAACAGUGCCGGGAGAAAAUGGAGUAUGUGGUGAAUCCUGAUGAAAAAGAUGACAUGAAAAUGGAGACCGAAAUAAAGAGAAGCAAAAAGACUCUUCUAGAUCAGAAUGGCCAGUACCCGGUAUGGAUGAACCAGAGGCAGAGAAAAAGGUUGAAGGCGAAGCGAGAGAGAAGAAAAGGGAAAAGCAAAGCAAAAGCAGCGAAGGCAGCAAAGGGUUUGGCCUGGUAGACCCUGACCCUAACUUGCCGUGUGGGACAGAUGCUUGAUCAGAAAGUAUCUACUGAUUUCAGCUCCCCCUGAAUGAAAGCUGUUUCUGUUCAUAUUUUAACUUGGCCUUUUUUCUUCGCUUCAAACUCAGAAUAAUUGGUUUGUUUUGGGAAAAGAAUAAAGUAUUUGAAUAUUUGAGUAAAGUAUUUGAAUAAAGUAUUUUCAUUGGAUAAAAGCUGUAUUGAUACUUUAGUUUGAAGUUGAUCAAUAUUCAGGUCUUAUAUCAGACAUCAAAUCCUGUGAAGCAUUAACGUGGUUGUAACUUUUCAUACAACUUGGUAAUUACAGUCACUAACGUAAUGUUGUACUGACAAAAAUUCAAGUGAACUCAUUUUUUAAAGGCUGUUAUAUAGUCCCAUCAUUUAAAAAUGCAACAGUAGAUCUCAUAAGCAGUACUUGUUCAGAGUUUUGAUUUUGUAUAAAUCAAAAUAAAAGAUAUUUUGUGUG